CCUGAUUUCCCUCUCCACCCCAGACCGUCCCGCCACAUACGUCCAAGAUGAGGUACAUCCAGUCGGAAGAGCUGCUGGAAAUUCCAGAGGGUGUCAAGAUCGCUAUCAAGCGGAGAAUCGUAACUGUCGAGGGACCACGAGGCAAACUAUCCAAGGACCUCUCCCACCUCAGCGUCUCCUUCAGCAAAGUCCCCUCGCUGCCCAACACGAUCAAAAUCGAGCUGUUCCAUGGCGUGCGCAAAUCCGUGGCCGCGCUGCGCACCGUCCGCACCCUGAUCAACAACCUCAUCAUCGGCGUCACCAAGGGCUACCUGUACAAGAUGCGCUACGUCUACGCCCAUUUCCCAAUCAACGUCAACGUUGAGAAGAAGGACGACGGUAUCACCGAGGUGGAGAUCCGCAACUUUAUCGGCGAGAAGAUCACCCGGCGGGUGCGCAUGCACGAGGGCGUUGAGGUCGCCAUGAGCGCCAAUGUCAAGGAUCAGCUGGAGUUGAGCGGGAACAGUCUGGACAAUGUCAGCCAAAGUGCGGCGAGCAUUCAACAGAUUUGCAAGGUGCGGAAUAAGGAUAUUCGAAAGUUCUUGGACGGUCUCUACGUGUCAGAGCGAGGCAAUAUCGUUCAGGACUGAGCGGGAUCCUUCCUAGUCACCGUGCAUGCAUUGUUUUGGGGGACCUUCCUUUUCCUUUUGCGUGGGCGAUAGGCGGGGGUUGGGGAAAUACAAACUUCACUUCAAUGCAAGGGAGUCGAUGUUCUCACAAAAAUGCGAACAAGCUGAACGAUUCAAGGCGGCUCCGCUGCAACUGCUGUAUUCUAGCUGCCGUCGUGAAGAUAGCUGGGAUCGGAAUUAUACCUCGUCUAACCCACAUGACAAUUCGCGGAUGAUGUUCGAGUCUAAUCUUUUGGUGUGAUCUGGUUCUGCUAACCUGGAGUUUUCAAAGGGGGGAUGGAUGCUAAUGUGUUUCUACGCUGAUCAGACUCUCAUCACCUCCACGAUUCUCUCUCAUGUACUCUCACUGUAAUCACAGGCUAUUUACAGCUUUCUUCGCAACUCUUCUCCGCUCC